ACCUCUGACAUUCAAGAUGGCGGACUAAACUUCAAAAGUUGUUUAGCUAGUGUUUAAGUAUCAAAUAUUCUUAACUGAAACACUUAACUAGUAGGUUAAUAGCUGGAUAACAAGUUACGUUACUAUGGACGAAGAAGACCUUGAAGAAAUGACAGCUCUUCGUGGAAACUCUAAGUAUCUGAUCUCUCAAGGUUCAGCAAGAUCAGGUUUUGGUAGCUUUGGUCCAUCACGACAAAAGCCUGCUCCUUCAAGGUCAAGGUCAGAUGUUCCAAGUUCAUGUAGCGUGAAGACCACACCACAGGCUGAAGAUAAAUCAAGUGAGCAAAGAGAAGCAUCAGACAUGGCUGCUAUGAUGGGGUUUUCAGGAUUUGGCAAAAAACAAGCUUUAAAGUUUAAUGUAGAGGAGAUGUUUGAAAAGGCUAGAUCAACAGCUAAGCAAGUCAGUAUGGCGGCAACUAUCAAAGAGUCUUCACAAGUUGAUGAUAAUGAUGAAGGUCCAUCCGUCAUGUUACCUCCAUGGAUGGAAAGAAAGGAAGAAAAAGCAUCAACAAGUAAACUAGAAACAAAGGAUGAUGAUGAUGAUGAUGAAGAUGAUGAAGAUGAUGAUGAUAAAGAAGAAGUAGAAAACAGACUACCAAUAAGCCAUGAAGUUGUACUUCAACAUGGAUCAAAAACUAUUUCAGCCAUUACCUUGGAGCCGUCUGGUUCUCGACUUUUAACGGGAAGCCAUGACUAUGAGAUUAAAUUCUGGGACUUUAAUUCAAUGGACGCUACACAUCGAGCCUUCAGAACAUUACAGCCAUUUGAAUGCCAUCCAAUCAAGUCAGCACAGUACAGUAUUACUGGUGAUUGUAUUCUUCUUACAUCUGGUAAUGCACAGGCUAAAGUUUUGGAUAGAGAUGGGUUUCAAGUACUGGAGUGUGUUAAGGGUGACCAGUAUCUUGCAGACAUGGCUAACACUAAGGGUCAUGUUGCUACUCUUAACUGUGGACGAUGGCACCCAAAAGUAAAGGAGGAAUUUUUGACUUGCAGUGAUGAUGGGACUUUGAGGCUGUGGGAUGUUAAUAAUCACAACAAGAACAAAAAAGUUAUCAAAACGAAAAACAAAAUGGGCAAGAAGACCAUUCCAUCUCAUUGUUGCUACAGUAAGGAUGGCAAAUACAUUGUUGCUGCUUGUCAGGAUGGCUCCAUUCAAGUCUGGGAUACAAAGCGACCAUUUGUGAACACAACAUUCAUGAAGCGAGAUGCGCACUCGUCUGGUAGCGAAACGUCUUGCAUCGAUUUUUCACACACUGGAAACGUCAUGGUUUCUAGAGGAGGCGAUGAUACAGUUAAAUUAUGGGAUCUUAGGAAUUUCAAAAACCCGGUUAACGUUGCUAUUGGAUUAGAAAAUCAUCACGCCCAAACAUCKUGUUAUUUCAGCCCGGAUAACAGGCUCAUUGUUACUGGGACAUCUGUAAGAAAAGGAGAGGGAGAUGGUAAACUUGUGUUCUUAAACAAAGAUACUUUACAACCAGAAUAUCAGUUCAAAGUAGGAGAUUCGAGUGUAGUGAGUUCGUUAUGGCAUUCUCGUUUGAACCAAAUUGUUGUAGGCACCAGUACAGGCACGGUCAAAGUCUAUUUUGAUCCAGAAAAGAGCAACAAGGGAGCCAAGUUGUGUGUGGGUAAAGUAAGACGUCAAAAAGUACAGCGAGACAUGCCACUGCCUGAUCAUAUCAUCACUCCUCAUGCGCUUCCCAUUUAUCGCCAAUCACAACCAAGAAACAUGAAAAAAGUCAAAGAAAAACAAAGAAAGGAUCCUCUGAUGUCGAACAGACCAGAACUACCCGUUACUGGACCAGGUAAGGGUGGUCGGAUCACAUCUGGUAUGUCUCUAUCUGCUUUUGUGGUCAAAAAUAUCGCUCUGGAGAAAGCAGAUGACUCACAUCCCCGAGAAGCAAUUCUCAAGCACGCUGAGGCAGCAAAAUCAGACCCUUACUGGGUAUCACCAGCUUAUGACAAAACGCAACCAAUACCUAUUUUCCAAGAACCGGAAGAAGACGAUGACGAAGACGAUGAAGAGAGUAGCAACAAGAAGAUUAGAUUGAUAUAGACAACAAUGUUUGUCUUGGAAUCCGCUGACCGUUAUUAUUGCGCGCUAUAUUUUUAGUGAGUCUUGGAAAAGCUGUUGCUUGAUUGGUGGAUGGAAUGGCUUCAGCCUGGAUUGACUUGCUGUGCAGAACACUAAAUACCCGGAGUAUUGAACGUUUAGCAGAUAGAGCCGGCCAUAAACUGUUACCUUAAGAAGAUAACUUGCCUACCGUUGACUUGCGUAACUUAAUAAAAAGUUUCCUAUUGCAAUGCAAA